AAAGGAUCUGGUUUAACUCCUCAAAUACAACUCACAUUAGCGAUACCAAGCACUACAACUGUAGGAUCCAGGAAUUUCUUAUUACUCAAAACGUUUGCGCGAAAACUUGUACAAGAAUUCAGUGUGUCUCCUUCAGGGACAAGGGUUGCCAUGGUGACUUAUUCACACGACCCACACCUGGAUUUCAGCUGGCAUGAAUUUUUUAACAUGGAAUGCACGUUAAAAGCGAUCUCAUCUAUUAGGUAAAUAACUCAAACUGUUAAAAAAAAACAGUUAUGUAUAUAGUAUACUAUCUAGAUAAAUUAUAGUAUGACUUUUGAAUGGUGAAUAUUUACCCACACUUGUUUGUCCUGAAAACGAUCGUCAAAAUUCAAUAUGACGUUUCGACACCCUCUGUCUCUCUGGGUUAAGAGCAAUUUUAUAGCCCCCACUGUCUCUAACUUAUUUUGAGACAGCUUACUAACUCGCAGGUCACAAAAUAAAAUCAGUAAUGUAUUUAGCAGUGAUUUCUAUGCAAGAUGUUCUUUCUCUACAGAUUUGCGGCUGGACGAAGUGCCUCUUUAGAUCACCUUCUCCACUUCCUAACAUCAAACCUGUAUUCACAACCAAAAAAAGAAAAGCUGAAGGCCCAACAACUACUUUUUCUUAUUGCGGAGAGUAAUUCAUUUGAUUCUUCAGCGUUGACUGCUCUUCGUACCGCCAAAUCAUUGGCAGAAAAUGGGGUGGAGGUGUUUGUUUUUAAAGUUGGCGGCAAGCAGGUGAUUAACAUCGAUCUAAGCAAAGUUGCAAGUGAGCCAUUGGAUACCCACGUUUUCCAAGUUAACGACUUUAAAGAUCUCUUAAAGGCAUCAAAGGCUUUUAAUGGCAAAGGUAAAUAAGUUUUAACUAAGAACGUGCGAAUCUUUGAGUUUAUCAAGCCGUGUAAACCUUAAAUUAGUGGUACAAUGUCCCGCAGAUAUAACUCCUAUAUUAUUUCGUUUACAAGAAAUGACAUAAUUACUUUCCGCUAAAAGGAGAUUGAUUCACGCGAUACACAAUAAUUAAAUUACAAACAAUUUGGAGGAGAUCCCUUUAGUAUUUAUAAUCAAUAAUCUUCCUAAUUAAGAAUACUCUCAGGGACCAUAAUCGGGGAAGGAGACUGCAACUAGCACCUUUUCCAGUAAUAGGGUUGGUUCGAUCGAAAUAGCCAAAUGUGCUAUUUUUAGCACAAAUUGUGCCAUCUCGUAUGACAAGCGCGCGAAUUUUUUUUCGAAGACGCCACGCAAAAGAUAACCAGACAAAAUGGCGUCGGAAAUUACCUCCGUAAGAGAUGAAUAAAUUCAAUUUUUGUCAUAAUUGCUUCCUCUAGUGAAUUUGAGGCAAGACCUUGAGGUGAACCUCUUUGACAAUAGCUCUAAAUGUGAGGAAUGUGAAUGUGAAUGUGAAUGUAAGUCAGUUGAGAACGAGAAAGCGCGCGGAAAGGACUAAACACGACUUCCGGUGUUCAGUUUGCCGCUCUGCCAUUGGUCAAGCCAAUUGUUUGAUUUGCGCACGCCGUCGUCAACUGACGUUCCCGUUUUGUUGCUUAAUCAGCCUCACCCUAAUAUCCCGUUCAGGCGAAACAAACAGUCAAAAAAAAAGUGCGGAGAAAAGAAGGGCGGGACGUUAACAGCAACAACAACAACAAAAUUAUAACUAAUUUUCCUGAAUUCUUUGAAUUCAUAACAAAUACAGCUCCACAAGUUUCAAACAGUAUCUACCGUCAGAAUUCCAUGGAAAUAAUACUUUUAAAUAUAAUAAUUUUCCCAGUUGAAGAUAUCCUUGGCGGCGUGGCGCAGUGGUCUAGGAGGCGACCUUCCGCGCUGAUGUGCCAGGUUCGAUUCUCGGUUAAGCCGUUUUUUCUUUGUUGUAUAUAUUCUUUCGUUUUAUUUUUGUUUUGAUUUUAAUCAUAUUUUUCCCCUUGGCUUGUUUCCCUUUAUUCUUACUUCUGGCCCAUUACAGCCUCGCAAGGUCUUUUGGGAUAAACAACUGUGUAUGCAUUGCCUAUCAAGAUAUGAACCACUUGAAAAGAUAUAAAACACUCAAAUAAAGUUGUAAAACGAUCGCCCAUCUCCUGAAAUUCCAUACAAGAGCCACGCCAACUCUUCGGUUCCCGUGAGAGUUUGUGACGUUGAGUGUGGUGCAGUUUGUUCUAAAAAGAGCUCAUUUGGCUAUUUCGAUAGAACCGCGUGGACCCCUCACUUCCGGUAUGCUACCUGAUUAUGGCUCCUGAUACUCUUUUAGGAUUCAAUCACAGUUGUUCUGGCGAAGGAAUAGUUUACGAUGAAUGUAAUCGCCGCUGCCUUUGUAAAGUUGGAAGACCCAGCGAUUGUUACAGAAUACGAAAGGAAUUCACAGAAAUGUCCUUUACGGAACGGCGUCGUUACGUGAGGGCCUUUAAAGCAGUAUCUACGGAAGACCCUUAUAACAGGACCUACGAUGCUCUCACUGCCCUUCACCCCAUGUUUUUCAAAGUAAUUCACGAGAAAAAGUUUUUUUUUCCUUGGCAUCGCUGGUAUCUGUACGAAUUUGAAAAUCUUCUUCGCCGAGUGGACUGCCGCGUGACGGUGCCAUAUUGGAAUUGGGCACGUGCCGUUUCAGAAAACCGCCUGUGGCGCCACACGGGAUUACGAGAUAUCUGGAAUCCGGGGACUCACGGCUUUGGUGGCAAUGGUGACUCUAGAUCUGGUUGCGUUGAAAGUGGGCCUUUCAAAGAAGGAAAGUGGUCGCUACCAACAUGGUUAAAUUCAGAAUGUCUUUCCAGAGAAUUUGAUUAUGACACCGAUCUGCCAGGCCAACGAUUUGUUAAUAGUCUAAAUCGAAUUACUUGGAGUCGGUUUAGCAGGUUUGAAGCUGCUGUUAACCGUAUGCACAAUGAUUUUCAUGAUGCCAUCGGCGGAACAAUGUCUGAAGAUGAAUCUGCCGUUGCACCUGAAUUCUGGUGUCACCACGCCUUCCUGGAUAAAAUCUGGUCCAACUGGCAAGUUCGUGGCCCUAAAUACAAAUUUGCAUAUUAUCGGAGUAUAAACGGGACACUACCUGGGGCGACACACUUUGGAAGGGAGUUCAUGGACCUUCGAUAUCAGCCGCAAUGUGUAAGGGUCCUAUAUGAAGAGACACGAGAAAGGAACAAAGAUCAUUAA